AUGAACAUAGCUCUGCAGCAGCCUUCACUACAAGGAGAAAAAUCCUUUCAUCUACAUUUCUUUUUCUGGCGUAUUCUGGGCAAUUCACCUGGCAAGGACUAUCGUGAACUCUAUAUAAUCUAUUCGAUUUUCAUCAAUGUUAUCAUUACAAUUGGUUAUCCUUUACACUUGAUGAUUGGUCUAUUUGAAAGUAAAACGAAAUUUGAUAUUAUCAAAAAUUUGGCCAUCAAUCUGACAUGUUUGGCCUGUUCCAUUAAAACCUUUGCUAUAUGGUUGAAAUUUAAAAAUGUGCGUCUUAUUUUCGAUAUAAUAAGGAAACAGGAUAAACGUAUAAACAAAUCGAAAGAUGAAUACGAAUACUACAAAAUGGUGGUAUUUCCUUCAUUGGAUAAAAUAAUGCUAAUGUUUAAGGUGCUAUUUAUGGGUGCAGGUCUUACUUCGGAAGUGGCUGUAUUAACUAAUGGUUUUCUGGGCAGUUGGCGUUUAAUGUAUCCCGCUUUUUUCCCCUUUGAUCCAUUUGCCAAUCAGUGGUUGUAUACCUUGGCUCAUGUUUAUCAAUUUUUUGGAGUUUCCUUUCAAAUUCUACAGAAUUUGGUAAAUGAUACUUUUGCCGGCAUGCAUAUGGCUUUGUUAAGUGGUCAAGUUCAUAUUCUUAGUAUGAGGGUUUCAAAAAUCGGCUAUGAUCCCAAAAAGAGUAAAGAAGAUAAUAAUCGUGAGUUAUUGGAGUGUAUACAAGAUCACAAGGAUUUAUUAGAAUAUCGCAGAAAAUUAGAGGAAGUCGUCUCUCAGUAUAUGUUUGUUCAGAUCCUUUUCACCAGCAUUAAUAUGUGUGUAACCAUAGUGUUUCUCAUUUUAUUUGCUCGUGAUCCUUUCACUUUGAUUUACUAUUUUAUCUAUUUGAUUUGUAUGCCGGCGGAAAUUUUACCCGCCUGCUAUUAUGGCACCAUAAUGGAAUUUGAAUUUCAAAAUUUAUCUUAUGCCUUGUUUUCCACCAACUGGAUGGAUCAGAGUAUAGAGUUUAAGAAAAAUUUAAGAAUUUUUGCCGAACAGGCUAAUAAACCAUUGUAUUUGAUGGCCUGGUUGGUGCGCAUCAAUAUGACAUCGUUUUUGUAUGCCUGUAAAAAUGCCUAUUCUCUGUUUGCGGUUGUUAUGAAUAUCAAGUGA